AAGAGAUCUAUGUUCCGGCUAUGUUCUAUUAGAGUACAGUCGUUAAGAAUCCUUUGUGUGGUUGAUUUCAAUUGAAUUAGAAUCGUUUUGUCACAAUGAAGUCGCUUUUGUUAGUGUAUUUUUUAUUAAUUGUUUAUUGUUCAAUCAGUAAGGCUGAUGAUAAAAAAGGUCCAAAAGUUACAGAUAAGGUAUGGUUUGACAUUAGCAUAGAUGGUAAACCAGAAGGCAGAGUUGAAAUUGGACUUUUUGGAAAAACUGUACCAAAGACAGUUCAGAAUUUCAUAGAAUUAGCUAAAAAACCUCAAGGAGAUGGAUAUAAAGGUAGCAAGUUUCAUAGAGUCAUUCGUGAGUUUAUGAUUCAAGGAGGAGACUUUACAAAAGGAGAUGGAACUGGAGGACGUAGUAUUUAUGGAGCUAGAUUUGAAGAUGAAAACUUUAAAUUGAAGCACUAUGGUGCUGGAUGGUUGUCUAUGGCUAAUGCUGGAAAGGACACUAAUGGUUCUCAAUUCUUCAUUACUGUGAAACAAACUCCAUGGCUUGAUGGUAGACAUGUUGUUUUUGGGAAAGUAAUUAAAGGAAUGGAUAUAAUAAGAAAAAUUGAAAAUAUCAGUACUGAUACCCGAGAUAGACCAACAAAAGAUGUUACAAUUGCUGACUGUGGUGCAGAAGUUGUAACAGAGCCUUUUAGUGUAUCAAAAGAUGAUGCUACUGAUUAAACAUUAUGUUCUCUUUCUUAUGUUGAAAGCCAAUCAUAUGAUCAUUACAUAUUAAAUGAACAAAUUCGUAUACUUA